UUUCCUGCCCCUCCUUUCCAGCACCUUCGGCGUGGGGGAGGUGGCACCUUUGCGAACAUUCACGACGGUAUCAACGAAGUCCACCAAGUCUGCUUACGACACAGGGGCUCCUUUUCCUUCUUUUCCAAGGCUUCUUUUCAACGCCCAAGCUAGUAGGCCUCCGUCUGACGAUCCGCGAUCUAAAAGCAUCCCUCCAAUCACAACAUCCGCUGUAGCGAGUCUCACCUUCGGUUCCCCUGACUCGUCUACUAUCCUGGGUCUUCUGUCUCACAGCCUUUCCGUCGUAAGAGCCCACGGCACAAGUCGUGCGAGGGACUGACAGUGCAACUCUGUACCAUUCUUUUCAGGAAAAAAGUGAGCAGAACAGACAAUGGCAGAGCAAAGCGCCGCUGCCGACACAACCGGCAUCACCGCUGGCAGGCCCCGUAUCGUCGGACCGGCUCACGGCCCCGAGCCUCCAUUUCCACUCAAGAUGGAGGGUAAAGUCAUUUCCGGUUUUGGUCGCGGAUCAAAAGAGCUCGGCAUCCCAACCGCCAACCUCCCCGUGGAUGCCCAAACCCCGUGGAUCGACGACGUCAAAUCAGGAGUGUACUUCGGCUGGGCCUCCCUUGCCCUCCCGCCAGAUCACCCCGACCGUCCCUUUGAUGGGGACACGCCCGCCUUCCUUUUGUAUCCAAUGGUCAUGUCCAUAGGCUACAACCCGUUCUACAAGAACACUGUUCGCUCCGCCGAGGUCCACGUCCUGCAUCCCUUUACCGCCGACUUUUACGGCGCCCACAUGCGCCUCCUCGUCCUAGGCUUCGUGCGGGAGGAGAAGGACUAUGCCAGCCUCGACGCUCUGGUGGAGGAUAUCCGCUUUGAUUGCGAAGUUGCGAGGGAGAGUGUGCGGAGGAGGCAAUGGUGGCCUUCGCCUUCACCCGGGGUGACUCUGGGUUUGAGUGUGGACGGCGGUGACGGUGUCGAUGGACCCGGCGAAUUGGACGUCUCAUGGCUGGUGAGGCCGUUGGACGGUUGAACGAUCCCGGGGGGGAGGGGAGAUACACAGGCGUGGAGUACGAUAGAAUAUUAGAGACACGUAACUUAGACAGGUUCCUAGGGCCUGAAGAGGGUUGGAAAGGAGUAGUCCGAUACAAAAAUCUGCUCGUAAACGUGGAUAUAUAUUGAUAUAUAUAUUUAAAUAUCUUUGAGGACUAACCCAAUGAUCCCACGA